UCUUAAAAUGUGAUUUUAAACCUAACGACACUGCUAACCUUAUGCCUUACCAUAACCUUAAAUUAAUACAAAAAAUAUUUUUUGUUUGUUUUUAGGAAUUUUUACGAUUUUGACUGUGCUAUCUAGUGGAAACCAAGGGCACGGACUGAGCGGAAGUAUUGCCAUUUGCAAGAUUUUUUUUUUUUCUUCCAAAUUCGCUUAUGGGAAUAUUCAUUAGCUACUACUAAAAACAUUCCUUCCCAGGUACCAUGCAUUCAGAAAGGUUUAUAUCGGAAAUAGUUCGCUUUGUGCUUUCCACUUCCUUUCACCAUGCACAGUGAAAAAUCGACAAGAAGCUUAUAUGUUUUCUUAUCAUGUGCUACCAUUAUUCGUAAACAUAAGUUGUAUGGUAUGCAUAGGUUAUACAUGUAUCAUGUUAAAGAGGACGCAUGCGUAUUCCUCCCACUUUACACUUACAUAAUAAACGUUUACCUCUUUGUAUAAUUAUUACAACACUUUUCAGCCAAAUGUGAAUAGCAUUAGCUAGCCACUCAGAUGUCACAGUUUUGAAAUGAUUGAUUACCCCAAAGAAAGUAUUUUAGAUGCAUUUUGAAUAGGCCUGUGUUCAGGUUUGAGCAUGUUUCAGGCGUGGCAAGGUAUAAGGUCACCACCAACUCAAUUCGACGGUAUCCAGUGCAAAGACUAGUGUGUGUAAAGGCCACCACCACUAGAACGUGCUCAGGCUACCAGCAGGCUAAUGUGGUGAUCCUCCAUAAGAGCCUAGCUGAUGGCUUCGAGGCAUUCUGCCAUGCCAACCCCAGCCCCCUGCCCCUGCUGUACAGGAGUCAGCCUGGGGAGUGGGGCUGUCCACCUCUCGCUGCAGACGCAGACAUCAGAGUGGACUGUCCCCAGUACUGUGUGUUUAAGGACGGCCUGCUGGUAUCCAGAGUGUCCAGCCUGAUGUCCUACAGCGGUCAGCUCCAGGACAUGGUCACCUUCUACCUGGGCUGUAGCUUCAGCUUUGAGAGGACAAUGCGGGAGGCCGGGGUCCCUGUCCGAAAUGUGGAGCAGAACUGUAAUGUCAGCAUGUUCAGGACAUCUCUCCAGUGUAGAGGAGUGGGUCAGUUCCAGUGCCCUAUGGUGGUGACUAUGAGACCAAUACCUGAGGAGAAGCUGGACAUUGUGGCCCAGAUCACUCACCUGAACCCUCUGGCCCAUGGAGGACCCAUCCACAUUGGGGACCCAGCUGUGCUGGGGAUCCAGGACGUAUCCAGGCCGGAGUAUGGGGACCCGGUGGCCCUUGGCCCAGGAGAUGUACCUGCGUUCUGGGCCUGUGGGGUCACUGGUGUGGAGGCUGUCCAGAGUUGCAAGCCCUCACUGGCAUUCACCCACUCUCCAGGCUGCAUGUUCCUCACUGAUCGAGAGGACUCAUCCGUCUCUGCGUCCACAUCCACCCCUGAGCCUGACCAAUGCCCUCUGACUUUCUCCAUCUCCCAGCAGCCUUUGCACUUCAGUGUGGCGUCCAAGGCUGUAGUCCAGAGCAUACGAGACCUGGAGAAGAUCAUUGGCGAGGACCCAGGGGAGAGGGGUAUCCGUGCGUUGUUUGUCCAGGAUGAGUUGCUGAGGUCUUGCCUGUCCCUCUCCCACUCCUCAUCUGUGCUCAUCACUACGGGGUUCCCCACCCACUACACACACAGCCCCCCUGAGGAGACAGACGGGCCCCCCGGAGCCAUCGCCAUAGCAGCCACCCUCCAGGCCCUCCAGAAGGAGGUUGCUAUAGUGACGGAUCACCGCGCCCUGGAGAUGAAUAAGAGGAUUAUGGAGGAUGCAGUGAAAAAAGGUGUGAUAAAGACAGCCGUACCACUGCUCAGUUACCAAGGCAACAGCCCAGACUCAGCACUGUACUUCCUGUGUCAUGACGGAGACCAUAAAAAGCCCAGGUUUGACCACUUGGUGGCAAUAGAGCGCAGUGGCAGAGCAUCUGAUGGGAACUACUACAAUAUGAGAGGAGUGAACAUCAAACACCUGGUGGACCCUAUAGAUGAUCUAUUCACCACAGCCAGCACCAUCCCUGGCAUCAGCACCACAGGGAUAGGAGAUGGCGGGAACGAGCUGGGCAUGGGCAAGGUGAAGGAGGCGGUGAGAGAACACAUGCCCAAUGGGAGCCUGAUAGCCUGUGACGUGGCUGCUGACUUUGCCAUCACUGCAGGAGUGUCUAACUGGGGAGGCUACGGCAUGGCCUGUGCUCUGUACAUCCUCAGUCUCUGUCCCAUCCACCAGCGGUACCUCCACAAAGGCCUGGGCCAGCCUCACCCACCUACCCAGGACCAGCACCAGGCCUGGGCUGCUAGCCUGCCCUCUGUAGCCAAGGAGGAGGAGAUGCUGUCCAUCCUGGUGCAACAUGGUGUCCGCAGCGGAAAGACAGGAACCCUGGGCAUGGAGGUGGACGGCCUGACCUUUCACCCCACACACUCUGACCUCAUCAUAAAGCUCAGGGACCGCAUCUCACAGAGAAAGUGAAACUACACCUUACAAACUACCACCUAUGCAAAGUAGUGAACACACCACCAACCCACGCAGAGUAGUGAAAAUACCAUGCCGUUGCUGUCAUUCCCCUCCUCCCUCCUCUGUAUCCACCACACCACCUCCCCCAACGAUUGGGGAUGGUCCUUUGUCUGUGACCAGGUGCAAGCCCCACCCAAGCCAAAAGCUACUACACUGCAAAACCCUACACUAUCUCACAUCAUUAAUCAUCUGAUUGCAUGGAACCUGAACACGAUAUUACAGUACAUGGCAGUCUUCCUAAAGGCUUGAGUUUGAUGCUGCCAUGUUUGGAUCAAACCGAGAAGUGUGGAGUUGGAGUUGUCUGUAGUUGUGCAUUUGAUUGCUCCCGAACAUUUAUUACAAACUUCAUAAAUUAAAAACCAUUGUCCUUGUGUAGCUCAGUUGGUAGAGCAUGGCGCUUGUACAUAAAAUGCAUGCAUGACUAAGUUGCUUUGGAUAAAAGUGUCUGCUACGUUGCAUAUAUUAUGUUACAAGCUAAAGCCUGAUAUCAGCCAACGCCAUAAACCAAGUUGAUUUUA